GUAUUAUCGUUUUUAGACCAUCGUAUAGUGUGAGUGUUACAUAUUUCAGAAUAACAAAAAAGAAAGGAACAUAAUGCGUCGUUGCUUUCUUCACAAAGCGGCUCGACGCUUUGCGCUAGUUGGAGUGCAAGCAACCUCUAUGGAAUUGAGGACAUGGUUACUGAUCGAUCGAAGUAUACAGUACAAUUCUCUUGUAAAACUUCAGCAAAGCUGUCGCUUCUAUUCUGGUGGUGGACACGACGAGCAACCCACGCGCAGUGGACAAUACUUACUUGAUAAAAACGAUGUUCUCACACGUGUGCUAGAAGUUGUGAAAAAUUUCGAAAAGGUCGACGCCUCAAAGGUAACUCCUGAAUCCCACUUUGUCAAUGAUCUUGGACUUAACUCUUUGGACGUUGUUGAGGUUGUGUUUGCUAUUGAGCAGGAAUUUAUCUUGGAUAUUCCCGAUCAUGACGCUGAAAAAAUUCAGUCGAUUCCUGAUGCUGUCGAGUAUAUCUCACAAAAUCCAAUGGCGAAGUAAAAUUCAGGGUAGCAAAUAUUAUAGUUUAUUUAAUUUGUCGAUUUUGCUAAAACUGUAAGAAGUAAUUCAUUUGAAUAGAGGAAAUUUUUAUCUCAAGUAUUAGUUGAUAGUAUUGUUCUAAAUCUAGAGGAGGGUCGAUGAUAGUUUUGUGAUUUGUGAUAAUCUACGU